AAACCUCCAUGAGAGCGAUAACUCCGGUCGCGUAGUCGUGAUGCUCGUGAUUGCUCGUCGUGUGUUCCCAAGAACGAGACAUUUACCGGUUAACAUUUGUCUGGAAUAAUACUUUUUUUUUCAUUGUUCUAUUAAAAUAUUAAUGGGUGACAGGAUGACUGUCACCGUUUUAAAUACGACACCGGAAUACGUUGAAUUCAUCAAGUCCAAAGAUCUAUCUGUUAUUCACUUUUUUGCACCAUGGGCAGAACAGUGCAAACAAAUAAACGACGUUCUAGAAGAAAUGAUAUCAUUGACAGAGUACAAAAAGGUCAAGUUUGCGAUGAUAGAGGCAGAGAAUUUACCUGAAGUUUCUUUAAAAGCUGGCAUCGCCGCCGUACCAACAGUUUUAUUAUACAAAGAUGAAGAAAUAAUAGAUAGAAUCGACGGAGUUAAUCCUGCGUUGUUGAUCGAAAAAGUAAAAAAACAUUUAACCACCCAAGACUCGGCUCGUGCCGAAGUAGUAUCGCCAAAGGAUACUCUAGAAGCCAGAUUAAAGAAACUUAUAAAUCAUGCACCUUGUAUGCUCUUCAUGAAAGGAAAUCGUGAACAUCCACGCUGCGGUUUUUCAAGAACUAUGGUCGCUCUCCUCGAUUCUCAUAGAACGGAUUAUCAGACGUUCGAUAUACUCCAAGAUAACGCAGUCAGAGAAGGUUUGAAGAAGUUUAGCAAUUGGCCGACUUAUCCGCAGUUGUAUAUUAAUGGCGAACUUAUCGGUGGAUUAGACAUCGUAAAAGAAAUGAGUGAUUCGGGUGACCUAGACAGUAUGUUACCUAAAAAGAGUGUCUCCCAAGAUAGAAGUUAAAAUAGGACCACAGCUAACUAAUUACGUCUACAUUUCCUUAAAUUAUCUAAUACCACAUUUUUAUCUACAACUGGAAAUAAUUUUUAUUUAAAUAGUUCGAUGUUUAUGAGUUUACGAAAUUCCAAAAUUUCAAAACGCACGUUUAUUUGUUGAUAUUUUCUAUCUAAUGUAUAUUAUCUAGUAGAAGAUUAUAUAUCUCAUUUUCACCUUGUUAUGUAAAAUGCCAAGCAUUUCGCACGAACACGAAAUGUACUUUAUAACUUAAUUCUUUUUUUUUUUUGUUGUUAUAACAUUGAAUACAAAAAUAUUAAAAAUUAUUUAUAUUCAUUUAUUUAUAAAUUCAAAUGCAAAUUACAAAUUGCACUCUGUGUAAUUGUACAUAAAUCAAAUAAAAUGUCAGUUUUCCAGCUAA